GUUGCCGCCUGCGUAUGCGACAGUCGACGUCAGCACAGCAAGGGCGCUUCACAACAUCAGUACGCUGAUACUUGACAUGGCGGAUCCUAUAGACGGGCCCGGCAACUCGCCCUUCACGCGGAUCGCUGCCCUGCUUCCGACCGAUGAACUCGGGGCCCUUAUACAUGGAUGCACACAGGACUUGUUGCAAACUGCAGGUCCUCGGCUGGAGAGCCUCCGUGUCACCUUGGCCUACAAUCACCAUCGCAAAAUUUGGAAAGAGCAAUUGCCACACGAGCUACUCUCCUCCAACGUCAACCUCAAAUAUAUCUUCAUCCAUGUCACCUUUCCGGGUCAUGGUGGUUCUUUCGAGUUGUCCGUCGGCCUGCCUCAGGUCCUAUCGGCGAUCGGGCCUUAUCCGUCAUGGCAGGACAAACUCGACAUCCAACUGGCCCGACUUCUCGAGGAGCACCCAGAGCUCGUCAUCACGCUCGCCUUGCGCUUUUCCUGCGAAGAGGCCGUGACUGUUCAAAACCGGCCGCGGCAGUGGUCUGCGCAGGAUCUUGACGGCCCCGGGGGUACCCAUGAGCGUCUCGAAGUCAUAUGUGCGGAACAGCAUGACGUUGUGGAACUGGAAAACCUCCGUCUAGUCGCAGAGCCUCCGUGGUAUCUAGCACAUUAUCCCCUCCAGGCUGUGAAUGGUCCAUUAGUAAUUCAUAGUUGAAAGGUGAAGAGCUGACAAGACCACUGGCUUCGUAGAACGUACAUAAAUAGAUCUAGCUAUUAUCAGCGAGAUGCCCAUGUCGACUCGACGACCCUCGUUAACGUCACGCGCUGUCGGUUUCGGCUGCGAAGUCGAAAAGUCGAAACGACGAUGUCGCAUCCACUUGCACGCCGUGACGGCGUGGGGUUUUAAAGGCUGGGCAAGCAAGCGCGACCUGCAGGCCAGAUCGAUGAUCACCAGCA